CCUCGUUUACUGCUGCAACGAGAACACAGCUUGAAAGAGAGCAUGAAUCAUUUGGAGGCGUAUUGUAGGCUAUGAGGCAUGUGCACUUCACCGAGCCAUUUGAUGAUUUGAGAUGAUGUCACUGGUGUGAGGUCGUAACUAGCCGUAACAUCUACACGCGCCGAAGAGAACCGGAAGUUUUCGUUGCGUACACGUGUGCACGCGGUCAGCUUUCGUUCUCUAAAAUACAUCUUUUGACGCUGCCAUAUCCUUGUGAAACAUUUGGCUGUCACCGUUUCAAUUGUGGACGAUGACAUCCUCGCAGAUGUACAAGAUGCCCACUGCAACUACGAUGGUCUUGCAACCGGUCAUUAGCUCGGUGCAACGAAUGGCCCUUUACGAGACGAAACUGAAGUACUACCUCGUCGGCUCGAAUAACACGCAGACCAAGUUUCGCGUAUUAGAGAUUGACCGGACGGAAAUUAAUAAGCUGCUUGUAUUUGAUGACAAGGUUGAAUACAACAAUCGAGAAAUACGAGAAUUUCUCAAUGAGAUUAGUCAAGGAAAAAAGAUACCGAAAACUGGACAGAAAGGUAGCUCUGGCCUGAAUAGAACAGUGUCUGCAUUUGGCAUAGUGGGUUUUGUGAGGUUCUUGGAAGGAUAUUACAUUAUACUGAUCACAAAGAGGAGACGAAUUGCCAUUGUGGGGCAUCAUACAAUUUACAAAGUGGAAGACACUCGUAUGGUCUACCUGCCAAACAACACUGACCACAAUGUUCAUCCAGAUGAAAACAGAUAUGUGAAGAUUUUCCAGAAUGUCGACUUGUCCAGCAAUUUCUACUUCAGCUACAGUUACGACCUGACGCACACGCUGCAAUACAACCUUACUCCACUUGCCUGCACUGUGCCAAAUAAACCAACAACGUUCAAGAGCGAGUCAGAAGACUCUCUGUCCUCGCCAAAGAUUUCUGAAGUGGAAGUGGCUGACACCUGGGACUUGCUCCCCAUUGAUAAUGCUGACAAGCCUGCGUACAAACUUCCUGGCAGACGUUUUCGAAGUGUUGGCAAGGAGGCCAGCAUAGAAAAUCCAUCAAACAUUGUGUUCAGUAAUUUGUCUGAUGGCACAUGUUUUGCUGGACGUACAAAACCUAACUGGAGGUAUGUGUGGAACUCUUACCUCCUGGAACCAGUGGAACUCCACACAGACUGGCUUCUUUAUGUUACACAUGGUUUUGUUGGUCAAACAAAUAUUAGCGUGUACGGCCGUCCCGUAUAUCUCACGCUCAUUGCCCGCCGUUCCCAGAAGUUUUCAGGUACAAGGUUUCUGAAGAGAGGUGCCAACUGUGAGGGUGACGUGGCAAAUGAAGUGGAAACAGAGCAAAUUGUCCAUGACUCCUCGGUUUCCUCCUUCACAAGUGGCAAUUUCACCUCAUUCGUGCAAGUUCGGGGUUCAAUUCCUUUCAGCUGGUCACAGGACAUCUCCAAGAUGGUGCCUAAGCCAGCCAUUAAUGUGGACUUGGUGGACCCAUACUGCUUUGCAGCGGGUCGGCACUUCAACCUGCUGCUGCGGCAGUAUGGUGCGCCUGUCGUCGUGCUGAACCUGGUGAAGAAGCGUGAGAAACGCCGCCACGAGAGCCUCCUCAGUGACCCCUUUUUGGACAGCAUUGACUACCUUAACCAGUUUCUCCCUCGUUCACACCACAUUGCCUACCUGGCCUUUGACAUGGCUAGAAACAACAAAUCAAAAGCAGCAAAUGUGAUGGGUCGCCUGUCUGACAUCGCGCACCACAUCCUGCGCAAGACGGGCAUAUUCCACACCCAUGGCAGCCAGGUUGGUCCACUGCCUACGCCGUACAUGCUGGGAGGUGCCAUGACCACCUAUGGAGCACGGCUGCAGACGGGCGUUGCCCGUGUCAACUGUGUUGACUGCUUGGAUCGCACCAACACAGCCCAGUUUGCCCUCGGGAAGUGUGCUUUGGCUUUUCAGCUGAAUGCUCUUGGUGUCCUGCCAAAGCCUGACCUGUUCUUCGACACCGACAGUGUUCGCAUGUUGGAAGUUCUCUAUGAGGACCAUGGUGACACCCUGGCUUUGCAGUAUGGUGGUUCUCAGCUGGUCCACCGAGUCAAGACCUAUCGAAAGAUUUCACCCCUAUCUUCACACUCGAGGGACAUAAUGCAGACCCUCUCCCGUUACCUCAGUAAUACAUUCUCAGAUGCUGACAAGCAGAAUGCCAUAAACCUUUUCCUUGGAGUCUACCGGCCCUACGAGCACAACUUUGCACUUUGGGAUCUCACGACUGACUACUACUUGCAUAAUUCUAUCCCUGCUGGGAAGUUGCUUUGUCACCGCAAUCCUUACACUUGCUGGUUUGACGAAGAAGUUCCCAUGUCUCUGCCUUUUGCUGUUGAAGAAGUGCUAAAGUACUAUGGAAAAUCCCUUUUGGAAGUGAUGAAGCUGGAGGUCACCAAUGAGAAAGUGGAUGGCUUUGUGGAGCUGUACCGGCCAUAUGAGAUGUCAAGCCUCAAUGACUUGUUCAUGAUCAACCUGAGCCAUUCUGUCAGGGACAUCAUGCCGAAUUCUGCAACGGACUACAGCCCAUUUUCAGUGCGGAUUAGACCUGGAAAGCACCGAGAAAGUGCUGGUGGCAACAAACCGCCCAACCCAUCAGUGACUGGCAUCUCUUCUACCAUGUCCACUUCCAGUGGUGCCAGUGACUCAGACAGCUCUGUUUCAAGCGAGGCAGAUCCCGAGUUUAUGGUGGAAAGUGAUGAGUCAUCGUCAAAUGAUCUGUCACAAAAGCCUGUCACAUUCGAGUCUGUCUUUCAGACAAUGCUGCAGACUUAUGGCAGGGAAAUACAUGAGCCUUCUCCCAAAGACCUCACCAUAUACAAAAGGUUUGUAACACUGGGAAAAAUGUCAGGAAUGACCUGCAAGAAUGAUGCCAGUAACAUUUCAACACCAAAGAGAUGUCUGCAGUUGAUAAGGCAGAGUGCUUUCACCAUUGACUCAGUCUAUGAAGUCAGCCCACCCAUGGUUCCUCGGUCAUCAAGAGACAUCUACCAAGUCUAUGUUCAGAAAGGGAAAACAGGGGCACUGAUGCCUAACCAGCAUUCGCUUGUCAAAUACCAGAGAUUUGUUGCCAGCAAAUAUCACUAGACUGCAGUAAUUUCUAUCAUUCCUUUGGACAAUGCGAUUUUUGUACAUAUAUAAAUUAAGAUGCCUAAUAUAUAUGUUAUAUAUAUGUUGGAGCAGUGUAUAUCAAUAAAUAUUUAUAAGUUCAGUA